AUGGCGGUAGGCAACGGCGGCGCCAAGAAAGUGGUGGCGCCCAUGGAGGUGUCCGUGGAGGCCGGGAACGCCGGGGACGCGGCGUGGAUGGACGACGACGGCCGGCCCCGCCGCUCCGGCACGUUCUGGACGGCGAGUGCGCACAUCAUCACCGCCGUCAUCGGCUCCGGCGUGCUCUCGCUGGCCUGGGCCAUCGCGCAGCUCGGUUGGGUAGCUGGCCCCGCUGUCAUGCUCCUCUUCGCCGCCGUCAUCUACUACACCUCCACCCUGCUCGCCGAGUGCUACCGCACGGGUGACCCGGCCACCGGGAAGCGCAACUACACCUACAUGGACGCCGUCCGCUCCAACCUCGGCGGUCCCAAGGUCAUCUUCUGCGGUGUCAUCCAGUACGCCAAUCUCGUCGGCGUCGCCAUCGGCUACACCAUCGCGUCCUCCAUCAGCAUGCGGGCCAUUAGGAGGGCCGACUGUUUCCACGCCAACGGACACGCCGACCCGUGCAAGAGCUCCAGCAACCCAUACAUGAUCCUCUUCGGCCUCGUGCAGAUCGUGUUCUCGCAGAUCCCCGACUUCGAUCAGAUAUGGUGGCUGUCCAUCGUCGCCGCAGUCAUGUCCUUCACCUACUCCGGCAUUGGACUCUCCCUCGGCAUCACCCAGACCAUAUGCCAAUGGUGGAAUCAAGGGCAGCCUCACCGGCAUCAGCAUCGGCGUCGGUAUCACGGCCACGCAGAAGGUGUGGCGCAGCCUGCAGGCAUUUGGCGACAUCGCCUUCGCCUACUCCUUCUCCAACAUCCUCAUAGAAAUCCACAGGACACGAUCAGGGCGCCGCCGCCGUCUGAGGCGAAGGUGAUGAAGCAGGCGACGCGGCUGAGUGUGGCGACGACGACGGUGUUCUACAUGCUGUGCGGGUGCAUGGGGUACGCGGCGUUCGGCGACGCAGCCCCCGACAACCUCCUCACCGGGUUCGGAUUCUACGAGCCCUUCUGGCUGCUGGACAUCGCCAACGUGGCCAUCGUCGUGCACCUCGUCGGCGCCUACCAGGUCUUCUGCCAGCCCAUCUUCGCCUUCGUCGAGCGCUGGGCCGCGUCCACAUGGCCAGACAGCGCCUUCAUCUCCCGCGAGUUCCGGGUGGGGCCAUUCGCGCUCAGCGUGUUCCGGCUGACGUGGCGGUCGGCCUUCGUCUGCCUCACCACCGUCUUCGCCAUGCUGCUCCCGUUCUUCGGCAACGUGGUGGGACUCCUCGGCGCCGUCUCCUUCUGGCCGCUCACCGUCUACUUCCCCGUCGAGAUGUACAUCAGGCAGCGCGGCGUGCCCGGCCGGAGCAUGCAGGGGAUCUGCCUUAGGAUGCUCAGCGUCGGAUGCCUCAUCGUUUCCAUCGCCGCCGCGGCGGGCUCCAUCGCCAACGUCAUCGAAGCUCUCAAAGUGUACAAGCCGUUCAGCGGCUGA